AUGAGUUUUAGAAAUUAUAAAGAGAAAAUCGACGAAGGUGAUAUUGUAAUAUUGUAUUUAAGUAACAAUCUUUACGCCCUCGAUGUGAGACCUGAAAUAAAAAAUACAAAAGGUGACAUGGUAGAAAAUGUUUACCAAACACCUUUUGGAGCUUUGAAGGUUAGAAAUCUUAUUGGAGCUGAUUAUGGGAGCCGGGUUGAACUAUCCAAAGGCUGGGGUCAUGUGUUACAACCAACUCCAGAACUGUGGUCUUUGACCUUACCCCAUCGCACACAAAUUAUCUAUACACCAGAUAUUAGUAUGAUAUUAUUGCAGUUGGACUUGAUACCUGGCAGUGUUGUCGUUGAAGCUGGUACUGGAAGCGGUUCACUCACUCAUGCACUUAUUCGUCGUGUGCGCCCACAUGGUCAUGUCUAUACAUUUGACUUUCAUGAACACAGAGCAAAAAUUGCUAGAGAAGAGUUUAAUGAACAUGGGCUAGCAGAUUUUGUGACUACACAACAUAGAGACGUGCUUGCUGAGGGCUUCGGUGAGGAUCUUAAAGCAAAAGCUGACGCUGUAUUUCUUGAUUUGCCGAAGCCAUGGGACGGUGUGACUCACGCUGUUGCUGCGAUCAAGGAGCAGGGUGGCCGCUUCUGUUCAUUUUCACCAUGCAUAGAACAAGUACAGCGCACUUGCUUAGCUCUCAAAGAACAUGGCUUCCAAGACAUAUCAACCAUGGAAGUGUUGCAAAAUGAACUCAAAGUCACCAGACGAAAUGUCCCCGUCAGAGACCUGUCGUUCCUCAAACAUAAGUUUGAAGUUGAUAAAGAGACAAAACACGUCCUGCGUCCUGAUAACAUCGGAGAUGAUCUGUGUAGCAGCGACGUACUAGAGUACAUAAUUAUGUACAUUAUAUUUAUUAUGUACGUAAUACCAAUAGAAGUGUAUCAGUACUCAUGCAACAAAAUCUGUAAAGACUUGAAUGACAAACUAUAUGAAUGGAUUUACGCACAUACAUACAUUAGAUCCGCGAGAUAA